AAAAUCAAUUACUAUAAGCAAGCAAAAUUCACAUAAAAAUGGCUUCUCUGGAAAAUCACAUAAAAAUCCAUGAACACUGCAAAGUUUCACCACCAUUUGCAUCUCAACACUCUCUCCCUCUCACAUUCUUUGAUUUAUUUUGGCUAAGAUUUCACCCGGUCGAACGUAUCUUCUUCUACACCCUCCCGAAUUCGCAAUCACACCCUUCUUUUUUCUUUCAAACAAUUGUUCCAAAUCUCAAAUCAUCACUCUCUUUAACUCUCCAACACUUUCUCCCUUUGGCCGGUAAAAUCGUCUGGCCUUCUGAUUCUCCAAAACCAUUCGUCCAAUUCAAUCCCGAUGAGGACGGAGUUUCCUUGACCAUAGCACAUUGUGAUGAACAUGAACAUGAUGAUGAUGAUCAUAGAGUUUUCAAUAAACUCUUGGAGUACAAUUCACCUCAGGAAGUGUCUUUGUCUCGAUAUUUCGUACCUCACUUGGAUUCAACAGAUUCUUUUGCUUCAAUUAUCUCAAUUCAAGUAACCUUUUUUCCAAAAAGUGGUUUUUCCAUUGGAAUAAGUAGUCACCAUGCUGUUCUUGAUGGAAAAUCUUCAACCAUGUUUAUCAAAGCUUGGGCUUCAACAUGUAAAUCUCUUGAAGAAACACAAUCUUCACCAAGUUUAAAGCCUUCAUUGGAACCAUUUUUCGGAAGGGAAGUAAUCAAUGAUCCAAAUGAUCUUGAAAGUUUGUUUAUAAAUAUUUGGCAUGAAAUCUCCUACAAAAUUGAUCCUAAUAAUAGCACAAAACAAAGAAGCUUGCAGAUUAUGCUAAAGUCAACAGCAUCUCAACAUAACUUGGUUCGAGCGACGUUUGAACUCAAACGCGUAGAUUUGGAGAAAUUAAACAAAAGGGUGUUGUCCAAAUGGAACAUUGUGGAAAAAGAACCAAAAAUGGAAACUUCAAAGCCUAAGAAAUUGUCAACUUUUGUUCUUACAUGUGCUUAUGUGUUUGUGUGCAUUGCAAAAGCAAAUCAACAAGCAAAGAAGGACAAAGAAGAGAAAUUUGCUUGUGGAUUCAGUGUGGAUUGUAGGGCUAGAUUAGAUCCUCCAAUAGCUCAAAACUACUUUGGAAAUUGUGUAAAUACACAUAUAGUAGAAACUGAAUAUGAGAAUUUUACACAUGAAGAUGGAUUGGUGAUUGUUGCUAAGAAGAUUUAUGGUAAAAUAAAAAAGAUGGAUGAGGGAGUUCUUGAAGGGAUGGAGACAUUGAUUUACAGAUUAAUGGCUAUGAAGAGAGAAGGAAUACAGACACUAGGAGUUGCUGGUUCAACAAGGCUUGGAGUUUAUGAGAUUGAUUUUGGUUUUGGAAGGCCUGAGAAAGUGGAGAUUGCUUCAAUUGAUAGAGGAUUGACAAUUGGGUUGGCAGAAAGUAAGGAUUUGAAAGGUGGUGUUGAAGUUGGACUUGUUCUUGAUAAACAUGUGAUGGGUGAGUUUCAUUCUCUUUUUCAUGAAGGAUUGUGGUUUGAGGAGUAGGAUUUGAUUUAGUUAUUGAUCUUGAUUUUGAAUAUGUCCUAUCAAAAUAUUUGAUAAAUAUUAUUUAAAGUUGUGUUGAAAUAUUGAAGCUUAAUUAGUUCAUAUUGCAUAUUGAAACUUCUUUUCUGUUUUGGUAACUCUUCAAAAGUUAGUUAGAUUAGUUUCCUUAAUUAGAAAGUAGUUUGUUAGAGGUGGUUUACCUAGUUGGAGUUAGUUAGUUUAGUUGAUAUCAUCUUUUCAUGUUAUAUAUUGUUCUUGUAUCAUUCGAAGGUUUGAGCUUUAACUUAUUAACAUGGUAUCACACACCUUCAUCGAUCUACCUACAUUCUUCCAUCUUUGAUCCACUCUUUUCUUUCUUCUUCCACCACCUUAUUUGGUCCACCGGAUUCACACACUGAUCAAAGCAGUCUCUAUUAUGUUCAUCUUAGUGAUAGACCUUUUUCGAUUAAAGUAACACAUGUUCUUGAAUGUUUCAAUUAUCAUUUAUGGGAGAGAUCUAUGUGCAUGGCUCUUUGUGGUAAAAUGUUGCUCGAAUUUGUAAACGGAUCCAUACCAGUUUUAGUUGAUGAUUUUGAUCCCUCUUUCCACGCAUGGAAUAGGUGUAAUAUGCUUGUUCAUUCUUGGUUACUUAAUUAUGUUUCUGAAUCAAUUGCACAAUCUAUUGUUUUUAUGGAAAAUUUCAUUGAUGUUUGUAAUGAUCUAAAGGAAAUGUUAACUAAAGGUGAUCUUGUUUGAAUUUCUGAAUUACUAUAGGAGAUUUAUGUUUUAAAGCAAUAUUCUAAAACUGUUAUUGAAUUUUAUUCUAAAUUGAAAGUUCUUUAGGAAGAAUUGAAAAUCUAUAUGCCAAUUCCUAGUUGCACGUGCAAGAUUAGAUGUUCAUGCAUGUGAAGCUAUGAGACAAGCAAUAAAAAAUCGUAGCUUUUUUCAUGUUAUUCGAUUUUUGACUGACCAUAAUGAUAACUUUGUUUUGGUCAAAUAAGAAAUUUUGCUUAUGGAUCCCUAACCUAACAUGAACAAAAUCUUCUAUAUGGUUCUUCAAUAUGAGAGGCGAGUUAAUUCUGCAUCUGUUGAAGAUUCUCAAGCAUUCAUCAAUGCUAUGGGAUUUAAGAAACCUAAUCCCAAUCAUGGAAAUUCAACCUUUCCAUACAAUACUUAUAAGUCCAAGAUUUGCACUCGUUGAGGUAGCAUUGGCCAUACAAUUGAAGUUUGUCAUCACAAACUUAAAUUUCCACCACAUUUUGGUAAAGCCUCCAUGGCUAACAAUACUACCACAAAUGAUGCUGAUGAUGAUGGUAUAACUUCCCCAUCCUUAUAUAUUAACAACGGUUCUUCUCCAAUUACUCAAGACAAAUUUGAGAAACUAGUGAAUCUGCUUUAGAAUUCAUCCCUUAAUCAAGGUAUUAUACCUAUAGUUUCUAAACAAGUUGGCUCAUCUUCAUUCACAUUUCAUUCACCUUUGCAUGACAAAUGUAAACCUCAUUAUUUGUCUUAUAAAUGUUGUUCUUUAGACUCUUGAUUCAUAGAUUCCGGAGCUAGUGAUCACAUCUGCUCCUCCAUUUCUUGGUGUCACUCAUGUA